AUGUCCUCCCCGUUCCUAUAUCAACUUUCACCUCAUCUCGAUAAUUUGAAUGACCGAUUCGAGAUGGCAGCUAAAUUCGUUCCGCGACUGGCGUUUCCCAGCUAUGCCUCGAUUCCACGAUCAUACUACCUUGGUCACCACCGAGCCGGGUUGAAGAAGAUGCAGAAUAUGUUGUCUUCGAUUGACUAUGUUAUUGAAUGUCGGGACUCUAGAGUCCCAGUGACAUCGGUCAACCCCAUGUUUGAAGAGGCACUAGGGAAAACAAGACGAUUAAUCGUUUACACCAAGAGGGACUUGAGCGCGGAGCCUCGGUCAACUACACAACAGCUGGCCGAGACGACAGUGCGAAAGUUCGAUUCGAAGAGUGCCGUAUUUUUCGUUAGUUCGUCCUCUCGUCAAGAUGUCAGUUCUAUCUUGACACAUCUACGAAAUGAUGCCGAAGGACCCGAUAAGCUCAUUGGAUGCCGUGUGAUGGUCGUCGGAAUGCCAAAUGUUGGCAAGUCGACCUUGAUUAACAACCUCCGCAAUCAAGGCGUAAGGAAGGGCAAGGCCGUGCAAACAGGUGGCCAACCAGGAAUCACACGGAAGAUUGGAACACCCGUCAAGAUCAUCGAGCGUGAGGAUGGCGCGCAUGUCUAUGUUCUUGACACCCCAGGAGUGUUCAUGCCAUAUGUGCCAGAUGCAGAAAAAAUGUUAAAAUUGGCGCUCUGUGGUUGCGUCAAGGAUUCAGUCAUCUCUCCCGUCACCUUGGCGGACUAUCUGCUAUAUCAUAUCAACUUACAUAACCCAGAGCAGUACCAACGGUGGUCGCAGCCAACGAAUGAGAUAUCGCCUCUUCUGAAUGACUUCGCACGCCACACCGGUCUCCUUGCCAAAGGUGGCAUUCCCAACACUGAUCUUGCAGCGUUGCAUUUCAUUCAGAAGUGGCGAUCCGGUGAUCUGGGACGCUUUAUCCUUGAUGAUUUACAAGCGGAAGAACGUGAUAGACACGAAGGGAAAAGACCCGAAGUGAGCAUCAGUAUCUCCCAAGCGAUCAAGGCGGACCGCAUGGCGAGAAAACAUUCGGCUUCCGGUUCAUAA